AUGUCGAACCUCAACUCGUGGGAAGACGAUCCGUCUGCCCAGGACGACAACCUAUCCCGGCAGACCCAGCAGAUGAAUCUCAACAACCAGCAGCCUCAGCAACCCCAGUCCUUCCGCCCCGGCGCCUCGUCCUUCAACCCCGGCGCCUCGUUCACUCCCGGCGCUGCCUCCUUCCAGCCCGGACAACCCUACGGCGCCGGUUACCCGCAAUAUCAGCAGCAGCAGCAAUACGGCGGAGGCCAGUUCUCUCAGUAUGGCGGCGGCGGUGGCGGCUACGGCCAGAGCGGUUAUGCUCAGAGCGGUUACGGCCAGGGCUACAACCAGUACAACCAGGGUUAUGGCGGUGGUUAUGGCCAGCAGCAGGGCUACCAGCAACAAGGCCAAGGCCAACAAUCAUACGCUCAAUACCAGCAGCAAAGACAGCAGCAGCAGCCUCCAAAGCAGCCUGCACAACAAUCAGUCCCCACCAUCGCUAAGAGACCGACGGAUGCGGCGGCCCCUAGUGACAAGCCCGCAGUCGGCGCCAAGGUCCUCAGCAUCGGAGGCGACGCGAAGCCAGCGGUCAAGUCAGAGGGUGGCGCGAAGGUGCUCAGCAUAGGAGGAGACGCCAAGCCUGUCGCGAAGAAGGAGGGUGGUACCAAAGUCCUCAGCAUUGGCGGCGAGACUGCCAAGCCUAAGCCAGCAGAUACCAAGAAGGAGGAAGUCGAGUCAGCCCAGAAGGUGACAGCCGCCAAGGCGAUCGAGAAGACGGGCGAGUCGACCAAGGCCCCGAGCGGCAAGACCUCUCCAACACCAUCAUCAGGCAGAUCGAGUCCCUCCCGCGCCGCCGCCGCCGGCAAGGGCGCCCGUGUCGAUGCAGUGCUCGACGACCAGACUGCCGAUGUCGACGACGAGACCCUCAAGGAGAUUUACGGCAAGGAGCACGUCAACAUCAUCUUCAUUGGCCACGUUGAUGCCGGCAAGUCUACGCUUGGUGGUUCUAUCCUGUAUGCCACUGGCAUGGUUGACGAGAGAACACUUGAGAAGAACAAGCGCGAGGCAAAGGAGCUUGGUCGUGAGACCUGGUAUUUGUCGUGGGCUCUUGAUCUGACCAAGGAGGAGCGCUCCAAGGGCAAGACUGUCGAGGUCGGACGUGGAUUCUUCGAGACGGAGAAGAGGCGCUACAGUAUCCUCGAUGCCCCCGGACACAAGACCUACGUCCCCUCCAUGAUUGGUGGCGCCUCGCAGGCCGAUGUCGGUAUCCUGGUCAUCUCGGCCCGCAAGGGUGAGUACGAGACUGGCUUCGAGAAGGGUGGACAGACUCGUGAGCACGCCAUGUUGGCCAAGACGCAGGGUGUCAACAAGCUCAUUGUCGUCAUCAACAAGAUGGACGACCCUACCGUCGAGUGGUCCGAGGAGCGGUACAAGGAGUGCACGACCAAGCUCGCGGCGUUCUUGAAGGGUACUGGCUACAACCUCAAGACCGAUGUGUUCUUCAUGCCCAUUGCUGCGCAGCAGCUGAUGGGCAUCAAGGACCGCAUUCCCGAUGGCGUUUGCCCAUGGUACAGCGGGCCGUCCCUCCUCGAGUACCUUGACAACAUGAGUGCUCUGGAGCGCAAGGUUAAUGCGCCUUUUAUGAUGGCCAUCAGUGGCAAGUACAAGGAUAUGGGUACCAUGGUCGAGGGCAAGAUUGAGGCUGGUGUGGUCAAGAAGGGCAUGAGCAUCGUGAUGAUGCCGAACAAGGAGAAGGUUGAGAUUGCUGCAGUGUACGGCGAGCAGGAAGACGAGAUUCCGGCCGCUCAGUGUGGUGACCAGGUCCGCCUCCGCCUGCGCGGUAUCGAAGAGGAAGACAUCCUGCCCGGUUUCGUCAUGUGCUCGCCCAAGCGUCUCGUCCACAACGUCAAGGAGUUUGAGGCCCAGAUCCGAAUUCUGGAGCUCAAGAGCAUCCUGUCGGCAGGCUUCAACUGCGUCAUGCACGUACACUCCGCUGUCGAGGAGGUCACGUUCGCCAGCCUCCUGCACAAGCUGCAGAAGGGCACUGGUCGCAAGAGCAAGCUGCCGCCGACCCAUGCCAAGCGCGGCGACAGCAUCAUCGCCCGCAUGUCGGUCAUCGGUGGCGCCGGCUCCGUCUGCAUUGAGAGAUUCGAAGACUACCCGCAGAUGGGUCGGUUCACCCUGCGCGACCAGGGUCAGACCAUUGCCAUCGGUAAGAUUACCAAGCUCAUCACGGAGUAA